AUGAAACUGCAGCUCCACCUCCUUCUACUCACGGCCAUCGUUUUGGGAACGUCGAUGAACGGCGCUAGGGUGUACGCAGCGGAUAAGGAACAUGCUGAAAAGGAGACGGAGACACCCCUGACUGGCGCUUGGGGCGGUGGCGGUGGUGGUGAUCGUUGGGGUGGUGGCGAUGGUGGUGACCGCUGGCAUGGCGGCGGUGGCGGUGGUGGCCGCUGGCAAGGCGGUGGUCGCAAGUGGUAAAGCCCCUGAAGGCAGUGUUGCAUUCCACGUCGCCAUCCGCGUCUGGGACUGCUAUGAGUUGUCAGAUUUUAAAUAAAUUUUGAAAAAAAUGUGCAUCCUUUUGAACAACUUCUCCGGGUCAGGACUGCUAGUCGCGACAGCGGCAGUGUCUGAUGGUCUUUGUAUUUCUCGUUUUAACUAUGCAAGAGAUGGAGAGAGACUGAGAGAGAGAGAAUGAGAGAGAGAGAAGGACAAAGACUGAGAGAGAGAGGGAGAGAGAGACUGAGAAGGCGUGAGAGAUAGAUAGAUAGACCCUGAGAGAGGGAGAGACUGACAGAUAGAGAGUCUGAGACUGAGAGUCUGAUAGAGACUGAGAGAGACAGAGAGAGACUGAGGGAGAGAUAGAUAGAUAGAAAGACUGAAAGAGAGAGAGUUAGUCUGAGUGAGAGAGAUAGAUAGAAAGACUGAGAGAAGUAGAGAGACUGAGAGAUUGGACUUAGGCUCCACAGAAUCAGUUGUUGGUGGUAUUGUUGUGGGUGUCUUUUAAGAAACCCUUAAUUCGAUUCUGAAUGCAGGGUCUAACGCGGGAUUUAUUCGAGCCGCUUGAUCGAAACUCAUAGAAUCUGCAAUUGAAACUGUUUUUUAUUGAAAUUCAUCGCUGUUUGCCUUUAUCUACAGUGGCAUAUCGAACUCGAUUGGUAAAUGAUAAAGCUGCUUUGCGUGUCAAUCGCUUGCAGGACAAACCAAUAUAGACUGAACUGCCAAAUUUCAGGUGCGGAAUAUCUGGGGUUUGAUCCCUCGGCCAGUUGAUUAGAUAUCUAAUGUCCACUGUGUCCUCGAUGACCACGGGCCCUAUUUUCCCGACCAGGUGCAGAGAAAACGUAAAAUCCACAACGUUUUAGUGACCUUGGAUAAUUAUCUAGAAUAGCCGGCUCACGAAUAUGAAUACGUACGAAUCAAUGUAUAACAUGACGAUAUCAGCCUUCACACUUUGUAGGGUCUGAAACGAAAAACAAACACAAUUGAAGAAAGAUCUCUUUCAGAUGAAGUUUUGGAAUGAGUUCGAUAUUUAGGCAAUAUUUGGGCAUUCAGAGUGUUCUAAGCGUUCCUUCUAUCUUCCGCUAGGUCUUUGCAUAUGGGUUGGAUCGAAACAUCUGAGGGCAUUUCGGCCUAAGCUGAAUUCCCAAACUAAGAUCUGGAAAGUGUUUCUGAAGAGUUCCAUGCGGAGGGUGCUCAUGUUUCUCCCCGACCUUCUGCGGGAGGGUUCAAAUACGUGCAAUUUCGGACUAUCGUGUGAAGUAAAUCGUUCGUGGUCCGUAUAAAUAUAAGCAUUAAGUAUCGCGAGUGGAAUGUCUUAAGACAUAAUAACUCCCAUCUAAUUCCCUCUGAAUCGAUUCGGCUCGAGAUGAAAUAGAUGACUCAAGAAUAUCAAUACGUAUGGAUAAACAUAUCACAUGACACCAUCAGUCCUCAUACUUUGUGGGGUCUGAAGCAAAAAUAAACGAGGCUUCCUCAGCGUCCACUCUCUGAUUCUAUACCCUGACAUCUGAAGGCAUUUCGGCCCAAGCCAGAAUCCUAAAUUCAGAUGUAGAAUGUUUUUCUGCGAAGUGUCAUUUGGAAGGUGCUUAUCUUCCUCCUUCACUUUCGAAUAAAUGCGCUGUAAGUCAGCUGUUCGCUAAUAGCUACGUGAAUUUCCCCAAAUCUCACAUUUUAAGCUGUUAACCUGUUUGAACUCCCCCCCCCCUCCGAUUUCCAUGAAAUCCCGACUACCACAAGCUUCCUCCUGUUCUGACAUUUUAAACAUUAUAAAGCCGAAUGACUCAAAGCAUGUUUUGCUCCUCCGCAUCAAAUGUCCUAGAUGAUUGGGCCUACGUGCCUUAUAACUGCCGCCUGUCCUGUUUCUGCCACUACCUCUGACGAUGGACUCCUGUACGAGUCUGAAAGCCCAGGAUAAUAAACGAAAUGUUCCGGUGCUCGACUCUCCUUCUUCACUUAUGCAUAUUCCUGAAACUAGAAAUUCCGCCUUCAUUCGUGAAAAAUUCUGGCGCGAUGCGCUUCGGACAGCUCUCAGUUGGGAGUUAUUCUCUACACGAGAGGCAGCAACAUACGAACAGUUACGUUUUCUGCACCGAUGUCUCCAAGACAAACUAACCCCACGAUGCCUGAGAUAUAAAGCUCCCGUUAAUACGGCCAUGGGAAGAGAAGUUGUGAGGCGGUUUGUCAAACAGAUGACAAGAGUUCUGAUCGACGACUGUCAUCGGCGUUUGCAGAAGUACAAGGCUGAGAUCGAGGAGAACAGAAGGCAAUGUGUCCACACUCUCGGCGAUUCUAUCGCCGCAGAUCUUGGGAAGACGAUCUCUGCUCUGGCACACCACAGGCAAGCCGAGAAGAGAGAAAUUUUGGAACGGAAACUGACUAAGCUAAAACCACCAGGCACAGAAAGCUCAAACUUGGUCCACAACCUCUCGUCUAAGCAGCUAACAGAGCAGCAACUACGAGUGUUACAGCAUGAAACUUGUUUCAACACUGCAGAUGCCGAUCCUGUCGACUUCGUUGCAGCCCUGGAAGCUAUGCUUGUGAGGAGUGAAAAAUCCGACGAGAUGAAACACUCCGUCCGACAGCGUGUUACUUCCUUGCUGAUGACACACAGACCAACCAAAUGUAUUUCGCAGAGUGAGUCAAAGGCUAUGAGGGAACUGAGGAGGGACGACAGCAUUAUCAUUCUACCUGCUGACAAGGGACGAUCAACCGUCGUGAUGAAUAGAGAAGACUAUGAUGAAAAAGCUAAAACCCUUCUUGACGACAGAGAAUUUUACAGACCAGCACAGAAGUCGCAAACCAAAGCAGUGGCAGAUCGGCUGAGUAAACUGCUUAGAGAAUACCGACAUAAAAAUGUGAUCACGGAGAAUGAAUGGCACCAAAUGAGGGUAAUUGACACCGGUCUAGCCUGAUUCUAUGGUCUGGCAAAAAUCCAUAAGGCAACUGUCGCACUUCGGCCAAUCGUUGCCCUAAAAGGCAGCCCCACGUACAAUUUGGCAAAGUGGAUGUACCCAAAACUGAACUUCCUCCAAGGCAAUUCGACUACCUCAGUUCGAUCAGCCUCUCAAUUCCUCAUAGACCUCCGAGGUUGGAGAAUUCAAUCGGAUUUAAUCAUGGUCUCCUUCGAUGUGACGUCGUUAUCCACAUCCAUCCCACCAAACGUGGCCCACGAAGUCAUGCUCAAGAGACUCAGAAUGCCCUCAAAACUGAACACCUCAUGAGACUGUUUGAAUUCUGCCAACAAACUUUCUUCACUUUUGCGGGAGAGACCCAUGAACAAAUCAAGGGAACCCCAACGGGCUCACCGGUCUCCGGUUUGGUGGCAAAACUGGUCCUACAGGAGUUAGAAAAGAUUGCCUUCCUCCAACAUGAACCGGUGUUUUGGCGCCGUUACGUUGACGACACGUUCGUCAUCGUAAAGAACGACAUGCUGCAACAUUUCCACAGCCUGCUCAACGCAGUAUUCCCUGAUAUAAAAAUCACGAGGGAAGAAGAACAAGAACAGCAGUUGCCCUUCCUGGAUGUGCUCGUCAGACGAAACCUUAACGGUGAACUUGAAACGACGGUUUAUAGGAAAGCAACGAACACCACAGCUUCUCAGUUUUCACAGCAACCAUCCGGUGGCUCACAAACGAAGCUGUGUGAAGACGCUCUUCAAACGGAUCCAAAUUCAUUGCAGCAAACCGGAGGACAGAGCACGUGA